ACUUGUUAUUCGUUCUCAUUUCGUGCCUGAAAUCAAACUACAAAUAUUUAAACAUUGAAUUACUGCGUAUUUUCCAUUUGUUGCGGUUUUGAUAUUAAUUACAAGAUGUUCCGUUCGUGUGUGUCGCAGGCUAUCAGCUCGAGCCUCUCUUUCACGCGAAUGUACUCGAAGGAAGUGCGCUUCGGACCCGGAGUCCGAGCCCUGAUGAUUCGGGGAGUUGAUAUUUUGGCGGAUGCCGUGGCUGUGACAAUGGGUCCCAAGGGUCGCAGUGUGAUAGUGGAACGACCCUGGACCUCACCAAAGAUCACCAAGGAUGGCUUUACGGUGGCUCGUUCGAUCGCCCUGAAGGAUCAGCAUAUGAAUCUGGGCGCCAAGUUGGUCCAGGAUGUGGCCGACAACACUAAUCAAUCAGCGGGAGAUGGCACCACCACAGCAACUGUUUUGGCUCGAGCGAUUGCCAAAGAAGGCUUCAGUCAGAUCAACAACGGAGCAAAUCCAGUCGAGAUUCGUCGAGGUGUAAUGCUCGCCGUGGACGUUGUGAAGGAUAAGCUGAAAGAGAUGUCCAAGGCAGUGAAAACCCGCGAGGAGAUCCAACAAGUAGCCACCCUGUCCGCAAAUGGAGAUACCGAGAUUGGUCGUCUGAUCGGAGAGGCCACCGAUAAAGUGGGGCCUAAAGGAACUAUUACUGUGAAGGACGGCAAGCGGCUGAAGGAUGAACUUAACAUUAUCCAGGGCCUGCGCUUCGAUACUGGCUAUGUGUCGCCCUUCUUCGUUAACAGCGCUAAGGGCUCUAAGGUGGAGUUCGCCAACGCUUUUGUGAUGAUUUCCCUGAAAAAGAUCACUGCACUCUCUGAGAUCGUGAAGGGUCUGGAACAAUCUAUGAAGCAACGACGUCCUUUGAUAAUCAUAGCCGAGGACAUCAGCGGCGAGGCCCUGAACGCUUUGGUUCUCAACAAGUUAAGGUUGGGUCUGCAGGUCUGCGCAGUUAAGUCGCCCAGUUUUGGACACCAUCGCAAGGAGCUCAUUGGUGAUAUAUCCGCUGCCACGGGAGCAACCAUUUUCGGCGAUGACAUCAACUACUCCAAGAUGGAAGAGGCUAAACUGCAGGAUCUGGGUCAGGUGGGUGAGGCUGUGAUCAGUAAGGACAGCACCAUCCUACUGCAGGGCAAGCCCAAGGCAGGACUUCUGGAAAUGCGCAUCCAGCAGAUUCAGGAUGAACUGGCUGACAAGCAGACCAAAGCGGAGCAGAGGGAUCGUCUGCGCCAACGCCUGUCUGCCUUAACGAAGGGCGUGGCCGUGCUUCACAUUGGCGGAGGAAGCGAAGUGGAGGUGGGUGAGAAAAAGGACCGUGUGGUAGACGCCUUGAAUGCCACUCGAGCGGCCAUCGAGGAGGGAAUUGUUCCUGGUGGCGGCACUGCCUUCCUGCGCUGCAUUCCCCAUCUCCAGGAACUCAAAGUGGAGAGUACAGACCUCCAGAAGGGCGUUGAUAUCGUCUGCAAUGCCUUGAGGAUGCCCUGCCAGACCAUUGCCCAGAACGCUGGAGUGGAUGGCGCCAUGGUGGUGGCUAAGGUAUUGGCUGGCUCAGGAGACUACGGCUACGAUGCCAUGGGCGAUGAAUACUGUCCUCUUGUGAGGAAGGGCAUCAUUGAUCCCACUAAGGUGUUGCGGACCGCUAUCACGGACGCAGCUGGUGUGGCGUCCCUUCUUAGCACCACUGAGGUGGUGAUCACUGACUCGAGGAAUGAUGAUCUCUUGGCCAAGUUGGCAGGAGCGGGUGGCGGAAUGGAUGACGGUCUUGACAUGAACAUGGGUGGACUGGAGGAGCUGGCAGCCCUUAGUGGAAUGGGUGGAAUGGGUGGCAUGGGAGGAAUGGGAGGAAUGGGGGGAUUCGGUGGCAUGGGAGGAAUGGGUGGUGGUUUCGGCGGAAUGGCAGGUGGUGGUGGAAAAAGCGCUUCCAGCAGCGGGGGACCCACUGCCGAGGAGAUGAACGAGAUGGUCAAAGCUAUUCCUGGAAUGGAGCAGGUCGAGGUGCAUGACAUUGACAGUGCAGCUAUGUAGAAACCUCAACGAUUUCCAAUUCUACUUGACUUUGUUGUUUGGAGGAUGCUAAAUUUUAAGUGCUGUUUAUUUUAUUUUUUGGAAAUAUAAAUUUCAGUUGGGAA